AUGGUACCAAUUAAAGUUUGUGUGAUGAAUGCAGCAGAAGCAGCCAUAUGCCAGCUUCCAAAGCAGAAUCCUGAGUGGGACUGGGCAACUCCCCAACAGCAAGCAUUUGACAUGCUGAAACAAAUUAUAGGGGAUGUUCCUGUCCUGAAGUAUUACCAGCCAGAAGAGCCACUGAAAUGCCAGUGUGAUACACCAGAGAAAGAAUACCCCAUCACAGAGCUGACAAAACAGUCAAGUGAAGACACUGGUGGGAUGAAGAACCAAAACCCUGUUACUAGUGAUGGGAUACAUGUUGCUGCCAGAAGGAUGGAGAUCCUGGACAUGGCCAGCAAUCAGAGAAAUCAGUUCAUUCGUUGGGGAAAGCAAUACCAUGGUGAUAAUCAGCAUGUAGCUGAAUAUAAUGAAAAUGAAGAACUGUGGGCAGAUUAUGCAGAGAAAAAGAAGCCUCUUCUCAUUGACUUAUCAAAGAAGGAUAUACAACUAUUUCUGCUUGGUCACCAGAUGAAGAUACCACCAUUCUUGAAGGAUUUAUCUGAUGAAACAUCAGUGUACACAUGUCUUGUAACUGAUACUGUUGUCACUUACAAAGAAAAAAAAUAUGAUGAUGAUUAUAUAAAAUAUGGCUUUACAUGCAUUGGUGAUCAAGAAUGUCCAAAACCACUGUGUGUGAUUUGUGGUGAUGUUCUAGCAAACAGCAGCCUCAAACCUUCUCUACUUCGGCGCCAUUUAGAAACUAGGCAUCCUGCACAACUCGACAAGCCUGUUGAUUUUUUCAAGCGAAAAUUAGCUGAGAGGAAAAGUGACAUUACCAGUUUUAUAUCCAAAGCAAGAACUGCUAAUGAAAAUGCACUUGAAGCAUCAUACCGCGUGAGCUACCGAGUAGCUAAAGCAUCAGAAGCCCAUGCCAUAGCAGAGAGCUUGAUUGGUCCAUGUAUAAAAGACGUAGUUCAUUGCAUGCUCGGAGAAAAGGCUGCAAAAAGGAUUGACAUGGUACCUUUGUCCAAUAAUACGUUGUCACAAAGAAUUAAUGACAUGUCAAAUAACGUAGAGACCACAAUUGUACAGAGAGUGAAAAAUAGUCCAUAUUAUGCUAUACUGUUGGAUGAAUCAACUGAUGUAGCUAAUCUAGCUAUUUUGCUACUGUUUGUACGUUAUGUGAAUGAAGGUCUGGUUGAAGAAGACUUGUUGUUUUGCCGACCACUGGAAGAACGUACAACUGGAGAAGAUAUCUUCAAUCUGACUAAUGCAUAUUUUCAAGAAAAGGAAAUAGAUUGGUCCCGUUGCCUAGGCAUUUGCACUGAUGGGGCCACAUCAAUUACGGGGAAGUAUACUGGAUUUGUAGCUCGAACAAAAAAGGUUGCAUCAAAAGUCUCUUGGACUCAUUGCAUCAUCCAUAGACAAGCCCUCGCAACAAAACACAUGCCUGAGGGACUGAAGGAAGUGCUGGACAAUGCAGUGAAAAUGGUGAAUUUCAUAAAAUCACGGCCAACAAAUUCCAGAAUAUUUCACGUACUUUGUGAAGAAAUGGGUAGUAUACACGAUUGUCUGUUGACCCAUACUGAAGUUAGAUGGCUCUCACGGGGCAAAAUCCUGGUGCGCUUGUUUGAGCUUAGAACGGAAAUCCUAGUUUUUUUCAACAGCCACCCUUUCCACCUUGCCAGCUGUAUGGAAAAUAAUGUCUGGCUCCAGAGCCUAGCUUAUUUAGCAGAUAUUUUCUCAAGAAUUAAUGACCUAAAUUUAUCUCUUCAAGGUCUCAAUAUAACAGUUUUCAAUGUGCAAGACCGAGUUGAAUCCAUGAUAAAGAAGUUGCAGUUCUGGGAAAGCUGUUUGGAAAACAAUCAAACUGAGUGUUUCCGUAAUCUUUAUGACUUCCUGGCAGAACAUAAACUUCAGUUGGAUCAGUGCACUAAAACCAAUAUAACUGCACACCUAAAAGGACUUUGCACAACAUUCAGGGAUUACUUUCCAGCUAUAUCAGGCGAUAAUGACUGGAUUCACAACCCUUUUGAUGAUACCACUUUCUCAACACAGAUAUUGAACACUGAGGAAAAAGAGAAAUUGAUUGAGAUCUCCUGUGAUUACGAACUGAGAAGGAGUUUCAGAAAUCUGUCAUUGAUCAACUUUUGGCUGAGUUUAAGAAACGAUUUGGUAGAGUUCCUUGGGAAAUAUGAUGAUGUCACGCCUGAGCACCUACGUCGAGUACUUCGUAAAGAAGCUAUGGACCAUUAUUGCAGCAAAACAAUUAAAAAUGAAAUGAUUGACCUUAUGGCAAGGAAGGUGAUUGAUAACAUAUUGAUGUGGCUUGGCAAAGUGAAAUAUUAUGCCAUAAUAAUUGACUGCACUCCUGACAUUAGUCACAGUGAAAAGAUGUUAUUUACAGUAAGAUUUAUUGACAAGAAUGGCUGUAUCCAAGCAAAGGAACAUUUUAUCUGUUUCUGGUCUGUGGAUGAUUCUACUGGAAAAGACCUAACGGAACUGUUUAUAAAUGUUUUAAAUGAGAAUAAAAUAAAGCUUCAGGACUGCUGCAGCUAG